CACGUGUGUCCCUUGAAUCUCUGCAGAAACUGUACUUUCGCACACCUGUCAUCAAAGCCGACCUUUCUCGUCACCUUUUAACUCUUGAACCCAUUUCACACUCUCUCAAACCUUCCCUUUCCCAUUCCCCUCCACUGAGCUCUCAACCAUGGCUGAGCGUAAUCCUAGCUAGCAGAGAGCCACAAGACCCAGUUCCACCGCCAUUACGUCCUCUUUCUUACGAAUAAUCCAAGCUCAUGCACCAAACUCCACCCAACUUCUCGGUUUCUCGACCCUCCUUACUUCUACCUCAAUUCUCCUAAUCCUCACUGGCCUCACCGUCACUGUUGCAUUUUUUGGCUUCAUCUUGUUUAUGCCAUUGAUCCUCAUUUCUAGCCCUGUAUGGUUCCCAGUAGGCACCGUGCUCUUUGUCACCAUUGCCGGGUUCUUGUCUGCAUACGGCUACGGAGUUGUGGCCGUUGCAGGGUUAUCUUGGAUGUGCCGCUACUUCAGAGGGAUGCACUCACCGGGAUCAGACAGGGUUGACUAGGCUCGGAGUCGGAUUUACGACACUGCCAGCCAUGUCAAGGACUAUGCUAUGGAGUAUGGCAGUUACUCGCAAAGCAAGGUAAAGGACGCAGCUCCUAGUGCAUGA